AUGAAGGGCAGCAGGGGGCCGAUAAAGGCGCAGAAAGGAGACAAAAAAGGAGACAGAAAGGAGACACAGAAACACAGCAGCAGCAGCAGCAGCAGCAGCAGCAGCAGCAGCAGCAGCAGCAGCAGCAGCAGCAGCAAAACAAAGCCAAAUGUAGGGACAGCCCGCAGCACAGGCAAUCGCUUAGGAGAGACAAAAACAAAAAAAGAGAAGAGACAAGCAGCAGCAGCAGCAGCAGCAGCAGCAGCAGCAGCAGCAGCAGAAACAGAAACAGCAGCAAGUGAGGAGCUGCUGGGAGAAGAAGAAGCUGAGGAGACACCCGAAAAGCUCAGGAUAUUUUCAGACACAGAAGAAGAAGAGACAGAAGAAGAAACAGAAGAAAUAGAAAAACCAAAAAAACAAAAACUAAAAAAACAAAAACAAAAACAAAAACAACAAAAACAAAAAGAAAAAGAAGAGACAGAAGAAGAAGAGACAGAAGAAGAAGAAGAAGAGACAGAAGAAGAAGAGGAGACAGAAGAGGAGACAGAAGAGGAGACAGAAGAAAAUGCAUUUCCUAGUGACAGCUCAAGCGAAGAAGAAGAAGAGACAAACCAAACAAAACAAAAAACAUACGAUCCCAGGCAAACGGAGACGAUCCCAGGAGACGAUCCCAGGGAAACAAAGACGAUCCCAGGCAAACAAAACAAACACGAUCCCAGGCAAACGGAGACGAUCCCAGGGAGGGGGAGACGAUCCCAGGGAGGGGGAGACGAUCCCAUGGAGGGGGAGACGAUCCCAGGGGGAUACGGAGACGAUCCCAGGAGACGAUCCCAGGGGGAGACGAUCACAGGGGGAGACGAUCCCAGGGGGAGACGAACCCAGGGAAACGGAGACGAUCCCAGGGAGAGGGAUACGAUCCCAGGGGGAUACGGAGACGAUCCCAGGGGGAGACGAUCCCAGGGGGGAGACGAUCCCAGGGGGAGACGAUCCCUGGGGGGAGACGAUCCCAGGAAGUGUAUGGUUUAG